GUUCCCGUUGCCGUAACGCCGUUUCCGUGGGCAGAAUUCUAAGCUUGAGAUGAGGCAACCAGUCUCCCGAAGUCAGGUGAAGCUCUGCUUGAUUUUCCUUGUCUACCAGUGAGCUUUUGUGAAUUGGAAAUUGCUGCUGCAGACAUCGACAUAAAAUACAACUGAAGACAAUGGCGUUCAUCGGUAAACCUGUCCGCAAACAGACGGCAUUGGGAGAAGCAGUGCAGUCAAAAUUCAAGCAAGAUCUAUCCCAAUUCGAGCAAAGCUUGAAAGAUAUGCAGACUUGCCUGAAAGCAGUUAACGACACGGUGGCCGAACACUACGGAGAGUUACUGCCACGGUCCAAUGAAUUCCAGCGGGCUCUUCAGGAUGAAAACACACUUGUUGAGAACUUCAUCAAGGAAACACACGAUGUCGGAGACAACUUACGACGCUACAGCCAAGAGUACAGUGACACCGAAGCAGACGAUUCACCUGUAUCCAGCGCAAACAGAACAAGUGAAUUUGCCACUUCUGUUCUCGGAGCGAUGUUUAAGGGGCAGAACGUCUUCUUUUCCGAGAGUAGUAAGGUAUCACAGGUGCUGCUGGACAUCGUAUCGCAGACCAAAUACACCCCUACUCCUCGCGAGAUCAAACUGACUCGUGAACUGCAGGAAAAACUGGAGGACAAGCCGGUGGCUGCGCGGGGAUGGACGGGACGGCCGCCGGCAGCCUCUGCCGUGUCGCCUUUCGCUACGGCGGGGGGUGGACACCGGGGCCUGGGAACUCUGAUAGGCGGUGCUUACGGCAGCCAACAACCCCAAUCCAAAGGCGUGUCAGCUCAGAUUAAACCGGCAUCGCGCUUCAGCUCACCGCCCUCAACGGUCACUGGCGGUACCCGAAUCUACAUCUAGGCCUCAAGAAAGCUUUCGAACCAGUAACAAGUCUCCCGAUUCUGCUUGCAACCUCAAAAAAAUUUUUAUACUCUCUUAGCUUUCCAUUGAACCACGAAAUUUUUUACUUCUAUGCAACAAGGUUCCUGACCCAUCAUAUUUCUAGCAAUGCCCUGAACGAAUCUGGAUCACAUUUAAUGUUAGAUAAACCACACACCAGCCGUAUACAAAACUGGACAAUACAAAAAAAUUGCCGAACGCAAACCACACUCACUCAAAUUAUGACGGAUUGGUAAAAGCUUCUUUAUUCGGAUUUGUAUACAUCAAUUAAACUGAAUAUAGUUAAGAUAUUCAGCAACGUCUGCAGUUCGUCUGUUAACCUGUACACGGAAAUGGAAACUCCAAGUUGACAACAGACUUACAGAACUUCUGUUAAUUCAAGAAUGUUUAACUAUAAAAAUAGGAUUACAUUUUCGCUCACCACAGAUAACGUUUAAAUUAUGAUGCAAAAAACACCAACAGUACAUUUAAGUACUCAGAGAGAUUACCGUGGAACUAUGCGCAAUGAAAAGAAAUAAAGACAGAAGAAAAUUUA